AUGGAGUUUGAGGUCUCCCUGGAGAACGAGCAGCAGUUCUGGGACGAAAUCCAAGAGAUAGUUUCCACUCCUUGCAGCACCGAGGACCUCAUCGAUAAUGCGCUCCGGUCUUAUUUGAGUUUGGCCACGAAGUACAAAGAUGAAUACCUCAGUUCGCCGUUCGAGGUCUCGCGCUGCUCGUACAAAUUACUCGCAUCGAGUAUUUUUACCGCCCAUGCGGACUACGUUCGAAGACAGAUGAUAUAUGGCUUAUUACAGGAGGAUGAUCCGGACACGCUACAUCUGAUCGUUUCGUUCCUUCUGUUCGAUGGCCGGCAGCAUGAGGAGUCCUUUCGGAUGAUGAAUGAGGAGGGUUCAUUUCCGCGAUUGCUGGAGCUCUUGCAAGUCUACAAAAUAAAGGAUGGGGGGAAUCAGGCUGCGCUUCAUCGCAUGCUGAUGGACUUGCUGUAUGAGAUGUCGAGAAUCCAACGGAUAAGAAUUGGGGAUCUUGUGCUUGUCGACGAUGACUUUAUCAAGGGACUCUUUGAGAUUAUCGAAGAUCUCUCCUACGACGCCAGCGACCCCUACCAUUAUCCUGUGAUUCGCGUUUUGCUGGUCUUCAACGAGCAGUUCAUGAUUUCAGCGCAUGAUCCUGUGGACGAUAAAUCGUCGACUCCGUUGACCAAUAAGGUCAUCAAGGUCUUAGCCAUGCAUGGGAAUCUCUAUAAGACAUUCGGCGAGAACAUCAUUCUCCUCAUCAACAGAGAAGCGGAGACAUCUCUUCAGCUUCUCACACUCAAGCUUCUGUACCUCAUAUUUACAACCCCUAGCACCUAUGAAUACUUCUACACCAAUGAUCUUCAUGUCCUGGUUGACAUUCUUAUUCGAAAUCUUCUGGACUUGCCUGAAGAGGCGUCCGCCCUACGACAUACAUACCUCCGCGUUCUCUACCCAUUGCUCGCUCACACGCAGCUGAAGUAUCCUCCCCACUACAAGCGCGAAGAACUCAAGAAGGUGCUCAAUAUUUUGGGCCGGGGCCAGCUAUCGAGCAGUGAGGGCGACCUCGAGCGGAUAUUGCACUUUGAGGAAGUGGACGAAACCACGAGGAGAUUAGUCCUCCGAUGCGCGGCAGUCGAGUGGUUGCGAGACGAGGAAGCUGAGUCACAUAGAGAGAGCGUUGCCUCGUUUGAUUCCGCGACCGAUGCCGUCCAGACGGACGCGGAGUCUGGUACUCCCACCAGCACGGAAGGCAGUUCGCCUGGGGCUCUAUCACCCACCCGGCUUGUUGGAUCGGACUCUCCCAAGCCAGACGCGCAUCGCAAGCCGAGCGAGAUGCAGCGCCUCGGAAUGGACUUGGAGCCAGCUUCAUGCUCGACUAUCAGCGUGCAGGAAGUUGCCAGCCAGCACGAGAAACCCGGUGUCAUCACCCCUAGUCGCAAUGGCGCACAUCCCACAGGGAAUGAUUCAACUACAGACGCUGUCAGGGCGACCAUCAGACCCAAAAUCAAGCCAGAGCCCCCCAAAUCCCGACGCCGGCGCGGGAGACGCAUCACUGAGGAGGAAGACAAUCCCGAUAAAAUCCCCGAGGACGCAGCAUCAGCGGCAUCGAGUCCAGUCAUGGCUUCCACAUCUCUCGCUCCCCCAGUCGAUCGCAGAAACUCUACAAGCAUGUCCGGUCUCGCUCCCCCGGUCCCCGCGCACUUACGUCGCUCUGUUUCGAAUCCUCCUCCAGCCCUGCCGCCCCCUCGACGUUCGACUCACCCCCAUCCUCUUUCUGGCGACUGCAGCCCUGUAAACAGCAGUCCUCUGAACGUGGCGUCUGUCGGCAAACACGGCCAGAAACCUGAGCCACCGAGGGCACGCCGCUGGGCGAGAGGAAAGCACGCACAUGGUGACUCUGCGGACAGGUCCGGGAAGGAUUUGCCAAUGAACGGUGAAAUUUUACCCGAGUCGUCGGCUGAAUCGAACGGUGCUGAACGUGUUUGUGAGACAGUGAGUGUGGAGGAGGCGGUUCAAAAGGUGUCGCUGGAGUCUUGA